GGAAAAGCGUUCUAAUUGGUGAUUCACUGGUUUGAGAGUAGGCUACUAAUACUAGUACAGAAGGGGAGCAGGGAGAGAAAGUCAAGCAGUCAGUCCUAACCGGUUUCUCCAACAUGGGAACUUUUUUUGACCGACUAUGGAUAUUGUCUGCUUUAUUAUUAGCUUCUUCUGAAGUUCUUGGUAAGUAUUUUCUUUUUCAUUCAAUAAUUAUUCUGCAAUACGUUUUCCUCUGCCAUUCUAUAAAUCAUUUUCUAUUCUAGGGUGCGUAUGCCGACUGAAUAUUAAUUCUACUUUUGCUGUAUCCUAUGUUUUUAAUAAGUAAUACGUCUUAAGUUCCAGGAAAACUCACAACGUUUUUGACGAUUUUAUUUACUAAAACAAUAAACUAUAUGGCAGUGUAUUGCCCUACUGGAAUGGAACUUUGGAUAUGUUGAUUCCUUAUAAGGGAGCGCUAAUUCUCGAGACGUGCCAGAGUGCGCUUAUAUUUGUACAGGCCACACCUUUGCAUCAUACGAUAGCACUUUCACAUAGUAUUUGUUUUGGCCUCAUGUUUUUUCCAUCAUUAUAGAAACCGUGCUAUAUAGACAAGCAAUCACUUCAACAUGCACAGUAGCCUAAUACCAAUAAACAAAAGGAUAUCUAACACAUAAUUAAACCUCAAUAUAUCUAAUAGACAAAGCGUACAUCUCAUUGAAUUUUUUUUCUUCUAUAAAAUAGCAUUUUCAAUUGAUAUGACUGCAAUCAGGUUUUAACCAACUGUUGCAAGACAUAUUGUGUAACAUCAGAGACGUAUUGAGCAGCGUCAACAUCACACAUUUUAGUGUGAUCCACAGUGGUGGAAAUUCCUGCAGUGUGCGUCUCUCCCUCUACCAUCGAAUUGCCUUCAUGACUGCUGUUUUACAAAACACUGUGCGUGACAGGACAGGCCUGGGUAGCAAGCGGGAUGGUGUAACAGAGGAGGAGAGAGGUAGAGCCUGGGGCAGAGAAGAAGCGGGGAGGAGGGACCAGCAGAGAGAGAAACGAGAGUGUGUGGUAGAGAAACAGAACCGUCUGUGGCCCAACUCACCACAGAAAAAAAGAAGAAGUGUGGUUUAAAUGCAGAGUCCAUAUGGAGAAAUGGUCAUGAGACACAAUGACUUGGCAAAACAGCAAGUAGAAUAACAAUGUCAGAAACACUCAAAGCUAAUAAAGAAUCAAUCUAAAAGUGUCCAUACAGCACAUAGCCUAUAUGAUUCCUAUUCAAGUGUCCAUAUAUGACUUAUAUGAUUCCCACUACUGGACCUCCUACCGAUUCACUCAUGUUUAUGUUGGUGUGUAUACCUCAGGCUCAAACACCUGCACAUCUCGAGGGGUGAGCACCUGCAGACAGUGUUUGGCUAUCCACCCUAGCUGUGCUUGGUGCUUUAAGGAAGUGAGUAUAUCCCCUGGGGGACUAUGUACAAAAAGUGCUGUAAUUUCUAAAUGGUUCACCUGAUAUGUUUGAAAAUACCCUCAAAUUAAAGCUGACAUUCUGCACUUUAACAUCAUAGUCAUUGCAUCAUUUCAAAUCCAAAGGUCUGGAGUACAGAGCCAAAACAACCAAAAAUAUGUCGCUGUCCAAAUACUGUAUUCAUCUACUGAACCCCCUCCCAUUUUAUUGUAAUGUAUUUAGAUGCACUUUUUGAAUUGUCAAUGUCACUUUACUGGUUGUCUCAUUGGGAAUUGUUACUCUUACCAGUGUGUGUGUUGUUUUCCUGGGUUCAGGAGUUUGGCCAAGGGGGCUCCAGUGCGUCCCGUUGUGAUCUGAAGCAGAACCUGUUGGAUGGUGGGUGUACGAAAGGGGAGCUAGAGUUCCCCUUCAGUACCAUCAGUGUACAGGAAGACACGCCCCUCAGUGACAAGGCAUCGGGGGCGGCUGACGACGUCACCCAGAUCAGACCCCAGAAACUCAGCCUCACUCUGAGACCAGGUACUCUAACAUAGCAUAGGCUUACAUACAAACACCCAUAUACAGUGCAUUUGGAAAGUAUUCAGACCCCUUGACCUUUUCCACAUUUUGUUACAUUACAGCCUUAUUCUAAAAUUGAUUUUUUUUCAACAAAAUCCUCAUCAAUCUACACACAAUACCCCACAAUGACAAAGCGAAACCAGGUUUUUAGAAAUUUUAGCAAAUCUAUUACAAAUAAAAGACAGAAAAACCCGAUUUACAUAAGUAUUCAGAGCCUUUGCUAUGAGACUCGAAAUUGAGCUCAGGUGCAUCCUGUUUCCAUUGAUCAUCCUUGAGAUGUUUCUACAACUUGAUUGGGGUCAACCUGUGGUAAAUUCAAUUGAUUGGACAUGAUUUGAAAAGGCACACACCUGUCUAUAUAAGGUCCAACAGUUGACAGUGCAUGUCAGAGCAUAAACCAAGCCAUGAGCUCCGAGACAGGAUUGUGUUGAGGCACAGAUCUGGGGAAGGGUACCAAGAAAUGUCUGCAGCGUUGAAGGUCCCCAAGAACAUAGUGGCCUCCAUCAUUCUUAAAUGGAAGAAGUUUGGAACCACCAAGACUCUUCCUUGAGCUGGCCGCCCGGCCAAACUGAGCAAUCAGGGGAGAAGGGCCUUAGUCAGGGAGGUGACCAAGAACCCGAUGGUCACUCUGACAGAGCUCCAGAGUUUGUCUGUGGAGAUGGGAGAACCUUCCAGAAGGACAACCAUCUCUGCAGCACUCCACCAAUCAGGCCACUCCUCAGUAAAAGGCACAUGACAGCCCUCUUGGAGUUUGCCAAAAGGCACCUAAAAACUCUCAACCAUUAGAAACAAGGUUCUCUGGUCUGAUGAAACCAAGAUUGAACUCUUUGGCCUGAAAGCCACGCGUCACGUCUGGAGGAAACCUGGCACCAUCCCUAUGGUGAAGAAUGGUGGUGGAGUAAAGGGUCUGAAUACUUAUGUAAAUGUGAUAUUUCCAUUUUUUUUUUUAUAUACAUUUGCAAAAAUGUCUAAACCUGUUUUUGCUUUGUCAUAAUGGGGUAUUGUGUGUAGAUUGAUGAGAGGGGAAAAAACUAUUUUAUCCAUUUUAGAAUAAGGCUGUAACGUAAAACAAAAUGUGGAAAAAGUCAAGGGGUCUGAAUACCGAAUGCACUGUAUAAUGGUUUCAUAACUGAUCUAAAGUACAUUGAACAGAGGAAUUGUUACAUACUUUUUGAUCUCCUUCUCACUCGUUCUCCUUUCCUCUCUCACAAAUUCAUCCCUCUCCUUUUUAUCCUUUACCCCCCACCUCUCUCUCUCUCUCUCUCUCUCUCUCUCUCUCUCUCUCUCUCUCUCUCUCUCUCUCUCUCUCUCUCUCUCUCUCUCUCUCUCUCUCUCUCUCUCUCUCUCUCUCUCUCUCUCCUCAGAUGAUGCCAGGCGCUUCACAGUGACAGUGAAGCAGGUGGCGGACUACCCAGUGGACCUAUACUAUCUGAUGGACCUCUCCUACUCCAUGAAGGACGACUUGGCCCGCCUGCGCUCCCUUGGCAACCAGCUGGCUGCAGCCAUGGGCCGCACCACCAGCAACCUGCGUAUGGGCUUUGGGGCCUUUGUGGACAAGCCCCUGUCCCCAUAUAUGUACACCUACCCUGAGGAAGCCAUCAGGAACCCUUGCUAUGGGUGAGUGAGGGCUAGAGGGGACAGAGAGUUGGAGAAGGAGGGAGAGGAGGAGGAGAUUUUGCAGAGGGGAAGAUUUUGAUUCUGCUGAGACUCUAAAAAGGCUGAUAUACUAUGUUGGAGCUCAAAUUCCCUCAGGAUUUGUCUGUUAAUAGCUGUCAAAUUGUGUCUAACAGCGUAUUUCUCUCUCUCUCUCUCUCUCUCUCUCUCUCUCUCUCUCUCUCUCUCUCUCUCUCUCUCUCUCUCUCUCUCUCUCUCUCUCUCUCUCUCUCUCUCCACCUUUUUGCCCUCUUCCUGUUUGGGGUGUGAUGUGUAGGAUCCAGACGCGGUGCCUGCCUCAGUUUGGCUACAAGCACGUUCUGUCUCUGACGAAGCAGGUGGAGCGCUUCACUGAAGAGGUGGCGAAGCAGCAGGUGUCUCGUAACAGAGACUCCCCAGAGGGAGGCUUCGACGCGGUCAUACAGGCAGUGGUGUGCAAGGUGAUACACACAUGCACGCAUGUACGCACACACCUACAGACAUACAGGCACACACACACACACACUCACACACACACACACACACACACACACACACACACACACACACACACACACACACACACACACACACACACACACACACACAAUCAGUGGUUUAGAAACAGCACACAAACUUGAAUACAUACCGUUUCUCUCCUCUCCUCUUCUUUCCAUCUCUCUCCCUCCCUCUGUCAUCAGGACAAGGUAGGCUGGCGUGCAGAUGCCUCCCACCUGUUGGUGUUCACUACUGAUGCUACGACACACAUAGCCCUGGACGGCCGACUGGCUGGUCUAGUGCAGCCCAAUGAUGGACAGUGUCACAUCGACAAAGACAACAACUAUGACAAGUCCUCAGCCCUGGUGAGUGGUGUGUGUCGGGAGUGUGUGUUUGAGUUCUAUUCUUCUGUUAUCACAGGAGACUAGAGAAACGUUAUGGAUCCAUGGGGCGGCAUUUUUUAAAUAAAAAAUGAUGUAUGCACUCACUAACUGUAGGUCGCUCUGGAUAAGAGCGUGUGCUAAGUGACGUAAAUGUAAAUAAUGAUGGUCUUCUCCUUCAGGACUACCCCUCUCUGGCUCUGAUUACAGAGAAGAUGUCUGAGAACAACAUCAACCUAAUUUUCGCUGUGACCACCAAUGUGGUGUCCCUCUACCAGGUGAGUACACCUGACUGUUAUCAGGGUCACCAUGGUUACUAGGUGUAGGGUUAUGGUACAGUACGUCUUAUGUCCCCUUGGUCCCUCAGAACUACAGCCAGCUCAUUCCUGGCACCACAGUUGGAACGCUGUCGGAUGACUCUGGGAAUGUGAUCCAACUCAUCCUGGAUGCUUACGAGGUAAGAGACAGCCGUAUAUAAGAGAGUUUGGUUUGGAUUUCAACCAUGCACAGUCAUGCCCACUUGACCAUUAACGCGAGUUGGUAACACCUAGGGAGAAUUGUCAUGCACUGAGAAACAGCUGCACUGAGUGAGCUCUAUCCAAUCGUAGCAGCAGAAUCUAUCUAUCUACUAGCAGAAACAACCUACAGCCUGCCCAUUUACAGACAACAGAAAUAUCCAUUAGCACGCAGCGCCUCGGACAAAACAUAGACAUUUACAUUUUAGUAAUUUAGCAGACGCUCUUAUCCAGAGCGACAUACAGUUAGUGAGUGCAUAAAUGUUUUCAUACUGGCCCCCUGUGGGAAUCGAACCCACAACCCUUGCGUUGCAAGCACCAUGCUCUACCAACUGAGCUACAGUAGGGACAAUAUAACAUAACAUUGUAGCCAAUGUUAUGUUGAAAGAACGACACUUAUGUUGAACGAACAGGAGCUAACGUUAGCAUAACAAACACAACUGUCAUAAAAAAUACUGAUACUCUAGAAAGCAGGAAAUGCUCAGAGCUUGUCAUGCUGCAUCAUGUGGUUGCUAAGCCAGUCGUCGCGUACAUUGGCUGUUUGGGAUAUUUCAAGAGGAACACACAACGCUAGCAAACACAACACUUCCACUUCAAACUCUGAUUGCUUCUAGUAUUUCUUAAUGAGGACGUGGAAAAGCGAGGUGAAAUGAGUGAGUUCAGCCCCCCUUUAAUUCUCAAACAGUCUAUUUGACUUCCCAAGAGCCAAUGUGUGACAGAUAGAACACUGUAUAUACACACUGUAUCCAUUUACGCAGAGACUAAGAGUAGAGGUUUUCUGAAUUGUUUAUGUUUCUGAUUGAGUUCAUUCUGACCUCUGACCUCUGCUCCUUGACCUCUGACCUGUGGAGUAGAGAAUCCGUUCCAAGGUGGAGCUGGAGCUGCUGGGUGUUCCAGAGGAGCUGGCCCUGUCCUUCAACGCCACCUGCCUCAACGGAGAGCUCAUCCAGGGACUCAAGUCCUGCUCCGGACUUAAGAUCGGAGACACAGUCAGUACCUGUACCACUCACCAUCUGGAUGUUAAAUGCCUGGCCUAGUGUCAGAUCUUAGGUAUAGGAAUAAUGCUAUGUUCUUACUGCACAGUUCAAAUAUUAACCUGCUGUAUCACACACACCUUUCCCCCCAGGUGUCGUUCAGUGUGGAGGCCAGGUUACGCGGCUGCCCUAAGGAGAAGAACCGUACUUUCACCAUUAAACCUGUGGGCUUCAAGGACGCCCUGGAGGUUACGGUCCACUUCGCCUGUGGGUGUGACUGUGAGGCCGCAGCUCAGCCCGAGAGCCCUCUCUGUAACCAGGGCAACGGGACCUACGAGUGUGGUGUGUGCCAGUGUCACCCGGGGCGCCUGGGAGACCGCUGUGAGUGUGCUGACGGGGACUACAGGCCCUCAGACCAGGGCAACUGCAGCCCCAAAGCUGAGGAUCCCAUCUGCAGUGGGAGGGGCAACUGUGUGUGUGGCCAGUGCUCCUGCCACACUAGUGGCUUUGGAAAAGUGUGGGGCAAGUACUGCGAGUGUGAUGACUUCAACUGCCUGCGGUUCAAAGGAGAGAUCUGCUCAGGUGAGUGGAUAGAUACACUGUUGUAUCUGUCAAUGAGACAGCCAUGUUGGUUUCUUGUACUGCAUGUUAUUUUCUGCUGAGUUUUGAAGCAUUAUUCAUCAACAUAAGUCAACAGGUUGUUUUUGUAACAUUCCUUCUCUGUGUUUGCUUUAGAAUGUGAACCACAAAUCUGUCAUUACAAUUAUCAUUUACCAUUUUUGGCAGGCCUAUGGUUUUAGCAGGAAAGAGGAGAUUUCCCUUUCCUUAGAACAUGUCCACAAUGCCUCAGUUGACCCUUAUCCAGACCUCUCUCUCUCUUUUACUGUCACUUUAACUCUUUUACUGUUAAUUUAACCCAUUCUGUGAUUUGCUUGGCUUUAAUCGUAGAUAAUCUAAAACGUUCUCUUUCAGCUUGGCUCUUGAACACCACAUGUGGUAAUCCAUUGGUAUCCAUUGUUACCACAAAGUUUCAUAGUUAAUACAAUGUAAAUACUAGGUAAGUACCGGUUUAAACCAGGCUAUAAAAUAAGGUGUUACCCCACAUUCUUAUUACAUGCCAUAUACUGUCCGUUGUUGCCUUUGAAAUAGGCCAAGAAGACUACACAAUGUUGUUUAGCGAUAAACAGAGAAUGCGGUGGUUCACAAUUGGUCGAUGUCCUUGACCUCUGACAUUUGCUCAAAUUCAUUAUGCCUACUGUACUGUAGCUCCAAUGGAUAUACCCAGUCUGCUCUUACACAUAGAUUCUAUUAUAAAUGUGAAAACAUUCGAAGGAAACGGUACAUGUUUACAACACACUUAUUCACAAGAAGUUAUUCAAAUUAUUCAAAUCAAAACCACGUCUUCUUCCAUGAUCAUUCUAGUGGAGUAAACAAGCUCACAGAACUCACUGAUUCUAUCAAUCUUCUAACCACUCUUCGGAAUGAAGGAUGAGAUGUCAUACCUGAUCAUCUCUCCCUACUGCAUGCCUGCACAGCACACCCGUUGCUCAAUCAAAGUAACAACAUUUUAAUAGGUCCUGUCAUUGGAUAACUGAAUGUUGCUGCAUAGCAGAUGAGUCAUGGUGCUGUUGCUGCAUUUAUGUAUGUGUUGGCUGUAGCUAUAACUCUGUGUUUUAACCACAGCCAUUCCCUUAGGGAUGGAUGAGCGUUAUUAGACAACCAGGACUGUGCUUAUGGUAACAGAGGUUAAAGUCAGAUUGGCCAGUUGCUGUUGUACUCACUGAAAGAAUGAGAUGCACUGGAUACCUGUACAGAAGUUAUAUCUGUAAGUUCUUGAUGUUUCCAGGGAAAGAGCUAUGUAGUAUAUUAUAGUAUUUUUCUGAAAAUACACUGUUUAAUUCCCUCCAUAAGACAUCCUUUGUUGUCAAAUAGAUAGUUCCCAUUAGUUCCCAGUGUAGCCUUGAGUCCAAGGAAUGAGGAUGUUCCCAUGGUCAACCGCUUUAAAUGUUUGUUUUCACAUUGUCCAGACUUUUCCUCAUCUUUCUCUCACCUCACCCAGCCAUAGCGUCCCUCCACAGGGAUUUAGACGGGAAGGCGGGGGGGGGGGGUCUGAGUCGCGUGAGACAGCAUCUCCUAACCCAAACAGUCUGGCCCUUUGGGAAGGCACCAUAGAAAGGGCCUGUGGGCUGAACAAGAGGGGCGUCAUGUGAACCGGAAUUGUUUCCAUUUAUUCAAUUUACGUAAGGCAACCAGCUGCAAUAGGAUUGUGCAUUUUGCUCAACAUUUGGGCAUAUAGCUGAACCAACAUACAUUCUCAAGUUUAAUUGCAUGUUCACUCAACUUCAAAUUUUAAUUUAUUCUACGUUAUUUGCAUAUUUCCCAGUGUAAAAUUAAACUCUUCACGACAAUAAAUUACAUAUAUCAUAAGGCCUUUCUUUGAAACUCCUGAUUUACAGGCCACAUCAAGCCUGCAAGUCACAUUAUGCUGGCUUGCGAAGUGUAAUUCCUAUUGGAGUCCAGCCAGAGUGAGGAUAUCCAACAAUUUGAACUUUUAAUUACCCGCAACCUGCAUUGAGAAUGACUGCCAGGGUAGGAAAGACUGAAUAUUGAGACUACAUAAAUCAUAUAAACUGGAACAGCUAUCUCAGUAAUGGGUGCAAAAAGUCCAACUACUAACAGAUUAGAUUAGAUUAGAUUAGAUUAGUUUAGAAAAAUGUAUGUUAUUUAUGUUUGUGUAGCAUAAGAUUAAUCAUCCAAUCAAUGUACAUGCAAAAACACAGGUAUUGAAACAAACAAUUCUGAAAAUCAACCUGCAAUAGAUCAUGCUGGGAAAUAUGAUAAUGAUGGGCAUGGUUUUGAGCAAAUAUAUAUUUGUAAUUUUACUCCAAAGGCAAACAAGUUUAUAUACAGUACAUUCAGCUCAAUGUGAGCAACAUAAUAAUUAGUUAUUUAGCAGACGCUCUUAUCCAGAGCGACUUACAGGAGCAAUUAGGGUUAAGUGCCUUGCUCAAGGGCACAUCGACAGAUUUUUCACCUAGUCGGCUUGGGGAUUAGAACCAGCGACCUUUCGGUUACUGGCACAACGCUCUUAACCACUAAGCUACCUGCCGCCCCAACGUUUGUUGAGUGAACAAACCUUCACACAUUAGCUCAAUUUCUUGUCCUUCUGAAGUCUACUCAAUUCACAGAAUAAUGCUGAUUAAGCAAUUGGCUAUGUUGGCUUUUUUAUAGUGUGUGCUAUGUGUGAAAUGUUAUGUAUGAUGGUUAGGGUGAAGUCAGGACUUGGGAAUGGGACAUAUUUGGUUAAAACAGUCAUUUAUAUCUUAACUCAGCAUUAGCUAUGGUUUUGUCAGUGGAAAAGAUGUCGUUUGUGGGAUUGUGGUCUUAGUCAAUGAGAUCUACUCUUGUAUGAAGCGUCUAGGGUUGGAAUGAAUGACACAGAAAUGCAACAGUCCAGAACUCCAUAUUUAGAGAGUAGAGCCAGUGGAGCACGCUGAAGGAGACUCAACAUAGUCAGCCUGUGUCUCUGGAGUCUUGUUGGCAUGAUGUCAUUGCUGUGUGAAGAACAGUACAGUAUCAGAGUCCCUGGGCCCCAGCUCAAUCUGAGUCUCCCCCAAGACCCAUCCCGUCCUCCUGACCCCAGGCCCUCCCACAUCCCCCUGAGGGUGUGUAUUUCUCCCUCUGCUCUGGAGCUGGGGCUGGGGCUGGAGCAGAAGCUGGGGCUGGGACUGGAGCUGGGGCUGGGGCUGGAGCUGGGGCUGGAGCUGGGGCUGGGGCUGGAGCUGGGGCUGGAGCUGGGACUGGAGCUGGGGCUGGAGCUGGGGCUGGAGCUGGGGCUGGAGCUGGGGCUAGAGCUGGGGCUAGAGCUGGAGCUGGGGCUAGAGCUGGGGCUAGAGCUGGGGCUAGAGCUGGGGCUGGGGCUAGAGCUGGAGCUGGGGCUAGAGCUGGGGCUGGGGCUAGAGCUGGGGCUAGAGCUGGGGCUGGGGCUGGAGCUGGGGCUGGAGCUGGGGCUAGAGCUGGGGCUGGGGCUGGAGCUGGGACUGGAGCUGGGACUGGAGCUGGAGCUGGGACUGGAGCUGGGGCUGGGGCUAGAGCUGGGGCUGGGGCUAGAGCUGGGGCUGGGGCUAGAGCUGGGGCUAGAGCUGGGGCUGGGGCUGGAGCUGGGGCUGGAGCUGGGGCAAGAGCUGGAGCUGGGACUGGAGCUGGGGAUGGGGCUAGAGCUGGGGCUAGAGCUGGGGUUGGGGCUAGAGCUGGGGCUGGGGCUGGGGCUAGAGCUGGGGCUAGAGCUGGAGCUAAGACUGUGGCAGCAGAGCACAGCAGAGCAGGAGUCAGCAAGCACACCCACAGGGCACACAAACAGGCUGGAGAGAACAUGAAAGUUAGCAUUCCUCUGGCACGCUGAUUCUCUCAUCGGUUUGUUUACAGUACCCCCCCCCCCCCCCCCUCCAGCUGGGGCUAGAGCUGGGGCUGGGGCUGGGACUGGAGCUGGGGGUGGAGCUGGGACUGGAGCUGGGGCUGGGGCUAGAGCUGGGGCUAGAGCUGGGGCUGGGGCUAGAGCUGGAGCUGGGGCUAGAGCUGGGGCUAGAGCUGGAGCUGGGACUGGAGCUGGGGCUGCAGCUGGGGCUAGAGCUGGAGCUGGGGCUAGAGCUGGAGCUGGGGCUAGAGCUGGGGCUAGAGCUGGAGCUGGGACUGGAGCUGGGGCUAGAGCUGGGGCUAGAGCUGGGGCUGGGGCUAGAGCUGGAGCUGGGGCUAGAGCUGGAGCUGGGACUGGAGCUGGGGCUGCAGCUGGGGCUAGAGCUGGAGCUGGGACUGGAGCUGGGGCUGGAGCUGGGACUGGAGCUGGGACUGGAGCUGGGGCUGGAGCUGGGGCUAGAGCUGGAGCUAGGACUGGAGCUGGGGCUGGAGCUGGGGCUAGAGCUGGAGCUGGAGCUGGGGCUAGAGCUAGAGAUGGGGCUAGAGAUGGGGCUAGAGCUGGGGCUAGAGCUGGGGCUGGGGCUAGAGCUGGAGCUGGGGCUAGAGCUGGAGCUGGAGCUGGGGCUAGAGCUGGAGCUGGGACUGGAGCUGGAGCUGGGGCUAGAGCUGGGACUGGGACUGGAGCUGGAGCUGGGGCUAGAGCUGGAGCUGGAGCUGGGGCUAGAGCUGGAGCUAGGACUGGAGCUGGGGCUGGAGCUGGGGCUAGAGCUGGAGCUGGAGCUGGGGCUAGAGCUGGAGCUGGGGAUAGACCUAGAGAUGGGGCUAGAGAUGGGGCUAGAGCUGGGGCUAGAGCUGGAGCUGGGACUGGAGCUGGGGCUAGAGCUGGGGCUGGGGCUAGAGCUGGAGCUGGGGCUAGAGCUGGGGCUAAGACUGUGGCAGCAGAGCACAGCAGAGCAGGAGUCAGCAAGCACACCCACAGGGCACACAAACAGGCUGGAGAGAACAUGAAAGUUAGCAUUCCUCUGGCACGCUGCCCUCUCUUUCUAUCCUCUCCUCUCUAUCUCCCUGUUUAAAGUUCAUCUCCAUCACCAAUACUCCCACUCAUCUCCUCUCUUUUUAAAAUGAUUCUCUCGUCAGUGUGUUUACAGUACCCCCCCCCCCCCCCUCUUUCUCUCUCUCUCUCUUUCUUUAUAUUUCUGUCUAUGACUUCCUCCACUGCUUCGCUCUCAUUCGCUCUGUCCUCCCUCCUGGUUUAUGUGUCUCUGUAGUUUAUGUUUACUACUUGAUAAAUUGGAGGAUUAGAGUGCCUUCUCAGACCGAGGCAGAUGAUUUAGACAUGCAUCCCAAAUGGCACCCUAUUUCAUAUAUAGUGCACAUAGCGCUCAAAUCAAAAGUAGUGCACUAUAUAGGUAAUAGGGUGCCAUUUGGGAUGUAUACCUAGAAACUCCUUCUCAUGUCUCUGACUUGACCCUAGAACAAGUAAAGUAGAGAAAACAAGGCACAAGCAUGAACUCACUGUGCGGAUGAGGGAGAGUAUAAGGAGCAUUAGCCAAACAAGGUUUUAAGAGAGGAAAACCGGGACUUUCUUUACUAUGUAUUGAUUUUGUCCCAGUCAAAAGCAUUCAGUUGGGUCAGUGCUCUCUCCAAUUUGGCCCGCAGGUGGUUUUAUUUGGCCCCCCAUGUUUUCGGAGAAGAAAAUAAGAAUAAUUUGAAAUUAUUAUGUUUUAGCCAAAUAUUAUAUCUGUUUGGGCUUCUUGCGGUCAAUUUGCAGUCUACAAAUUACUUGUAAUUAUGUUCCGGCCCCCGGACCAUCCACUCAAGAAAAAAUUGUCCCGUGCCUGACUAGAUCAACUAGAUGUUGAUGAUCCUUGCUGUAAAACAUUAACCAGCUCAACACAGACCACUUAUGUGCCUGCAAGACAGUAAAGCGACCCUUUGUAACUAUAGCUGCCUCUUUCAUCACGUAUACACACACACACACACACACACACACACACACACACACACACACACACACACACACACACACACUUAUCUCAUAGUGAUGACAGAGUCAGACAGGGGGUGGGAACUGGGGAAUUCAGCUGAAGGAGGUGGUUUCACCUGAAAACAACAAUGGCCAUAUCUCUAAGGGCCUGUUUUUACAGUUUACAGACCCCUGUUUAGUUUCCAUUGGUAACUCUAACCCAACUGAGCUCUGAGUCAGUGACUCAGUUAGUCUCUGCUCUUAGUCAUUCAUUGCCCAGACCUGUUGCUUUAUCCUUCAUCCUGUGGGAAAUAGCUGGUUGCUCUAGUAUGUCUGUCUGAGGGCAAUCAAACAAUCAUUUCUCAACUUUGCUGGCUGGGCUGAGAGAUAUUGAGGAGGCUCCAGGGAGUGGUCAUCACAGCCAGGGAUUGCCCCAGUGUUGGGAGGGGAACAGUGGGAUGGAUUACUAGUUUGCUUCCUUAAGAAGGGAGCUUAUCCUGCCAUUGUCUGCACUGUCUGGUCAUGAAUUGAUGACUUAAUGUUUUGGGAAUUAUUACUCAAUAUGGACUCAUCACGCCUGCCUGCCCAUGCUCUCAAUACACUCAUUAAUACAUACAGAGACAAACACAUGCAGAUCUGCUGAAAAUGAUACUGAACAAAAAUAUAAACGCAACAAUCAACAAUUUCAAAGGUUUUACUGAGUUACAGUUCAUAUGAGGAAAUCAGUCAUUUGAAAUUAAUUCAUUAGGCCCUAAUCUAUGGAUUUCACAUGACUGGGAAUACAGAUACGCAUCUGUUGGUCACAGAUACCUUAAAGAAAAUGGGCCUCACAAUGGGCCUCAGGAUCUCGUCAUGGUAUUUCUGUGCAUUCAAAUUGCCAUAGAUAAAAUGAAAUUGUGUUCGUUGUCCGUAGUUUAUGCCUGCCCAUACCAUAACCCCACAGUCCACCAGCGGGCACUAUUUUCACAACGUUGACAUCAGCAAACCGCUUGCCCACACAACGCCAUACAUGUGGUUAGUUGGACGUACUGCCAAAUUCUCUAAAAACGCAAAUAGUCUGGGUAGCCAUUUCAUUAGAUGUUCAGGAGUCUUAUGGCUUGGGGGUAGAAGCUUUUUAGAAGCCUCUUAGACCUAGACUUGGCGCUCCGGUACCGCUUGCUGUGCGGUAGCAGAGAGAACAGUCUAUGACUAGGUCGGCUGCAGUCUUUGACAAUUUUUAGGGCUUUCCUCUGACACCGCCUGGUAUAGAGGUCCUGGAUGGCAGGAAGCUUGGCCCCAGUGAUGUACUGGGCUGUACACACUACCCUCUGUAGUGCCUUGCGGUCGGAGGCAGAGAAGUAAUCAACUUCUUGAUAUGCCACACUUGUCAGGUGGAUGGAUUAUUUUGGCAAAGGAUAAAUGUUCUCUAACAGGGAUGUAAACAAAUUUGUGCACAAAAUUUGAGCAAAAUAAGCUUUUUGUGCAUAUGGAACAUUUAUGGGAUCUUUACAUGUUGCAUUUAUAUUUUAGUUCAGUGUAGAUACAAUCUGGCAAAAACACACGCACAACCACAAACACACACAUUGCUUUGAAAUUCAUAACAUUCUAGGCCAGGGUUGUAAUUGCACUCAUGGGUUUGUCCAGUACUUAUAACGUGAUGUAUGAGAGAAAGACAAACCUAAUGUAUAAAAAUAUGACAUAAAAUGUCCAUGAAACAUGGCCCAUCCUCUCUCUCUGUCUCUGCCAGGCCAUGGUAAAUGUGACUGUGGCUUCUGCAAGUGUGGCUCUGACUGGAUGGGGGAGAACUGUAACUGUUCCACCCGGACAGACACCUGCAUGUCCAGCAUGGGCCUGUUGUGCAGUGGCCGGGGCCAGUGUGUGUGUGGGGCCUGUGAGUGCACCCAGCCAGGGGCCUACGGGGCCACUUGUGAGAGGUGUCCAACCUGCCCUGAUGCCUGCAGCAUCAAGAAGUGAGUAAAUACAGGAGAGAGUAUAACUGCCUACACACAGAUACUGUAUGAGUACAUGUGAUAGGGGUAAUGAUGAAAUGGUGAUGCAAUAAGGAAGAUGAGGAAAAGGAGGAUGAUAAUGAUGAAGAAGUUGGUGGUGAUGAUGAUGAUGAUGAUGAUGGGGAUGAUGAUGAUGUAUUAACAUUGUGUUAUAUCUGCAGGGAAUGUGUUGAAUGUAAGCACUUCAAGAGAGGCCGUCUCUUUGAGGAGAAAAGCUGUGCCCGAAUCUGCAGGGAUGAAAUUCACAAGGUGGAAGAACUAGGUAAGAACUAUUACACAAUGUUCCCUUAUUGUGUGUUCACCAUGCUCUCCAUGCAACAGAUUGCAUUAUUUACACUGGGUGUUAAAGUUCUUGAUGUUCUCACAUAGUUCAUCAUGUGAGCGGCAGGUAGCCUAGCGGGUAAGAGCGCUGGGCAAGUACCCGAAAGGUUGCUGGUUCGAAUCCCUGAGCCGACUACGUGAAAUAUUUGUCAAUGUGCCCUUGAGCAAGGCAUUUACCCUAAUUGCUCCUUUAAGUAGUUUAAAGCAUGUUAUAUACAUGUAGCUCCAGACUACAGGUUUGUGAUAUGGAGUCAAAACUGUGUGUGUUAACAGUCCACAUUGAGGCCCCAAUCUCUCUACAGUCUCGGAGCUUGUUCUUCCUGAGGAAACUCUGCAGUUUCAGGGUGGAUAUGACGCUGAUGACCAUUUUCUAGAGAUCCUACAUUGAAUCCAUUUUAACAUUCAGUAUGGUCUGCUGGUUCGGUAAUCUAAACCUAAAGAGCCAGAACAGGCUGGGUAACAUUGUGAAACUAGGUAGCAGGAUCAUUGGUAUGAACUUACAGUAACUGACCUUUCUCACCAGUAACAGACACGAGUCAUACGCAAGGAGCCAUCCAUUCUGAGAGACUCCUAGCAUCCUCGUUUGUUUCCCUUAGAGCUCAGAAACAGGCUCCUUAGGUUUAAAACGAAUAGGUAAAAACUCUCCUUCAUCCCAGCUGCUAUUAGCUUUCUCAAUAUGCGGUAGGACUGUACUGUUUUGGUACGGACUGGUUUAUUCAUAUCUGCUUUAGAGGUCUAAUUCCUGUGGGCACUGCUGCUUCUAUUGUUUUUGUCCUUUGUUGAUAUAUUUAUUGUUAUGUAUCCAUUGAAUUUACUAUGUGCUGCAAAAUCAAUAUAAUUAACCUCCAGCUCGAAAGGGGGAGAGAGAGAGAUCAGGAGAGAAGAGAGAGAGGCAUAGAGAGAGAGAGGCGAGAUCUGAGAUAGCAGAGCGAGAUAUCUGAUAUAUGAGCGAUAGAAUAUCUCGUCUCUUCUUCUGUCUUCUAUCUUGUCUCUCUGUCUCUCUUCUCUUCUCUCUCUCUCUCUCUCUCUCUCUCUCUCUCUCUCUCUCUCUCUCUCUCUCUGUCUCUCUCCUUAUCCUCCACUUGGAUCUAUAACCCUAUCUCUCAUCCCAGUCUUCUAUGAGAAGAAUGCUGUGAACUGCACCUAUAAGGAUGAGAAUGACUGUGUGGAGCGCUUCCAGUACUAUGAGGAUGCCAGCGGCAAGUCCAUCCUGUAUGUCAUGGAGCCUGGUGAGUGUGUCCAUCAGUGUGUGAAUGGGUCUGAGUUCUGUGCUUAUGUACUGCAUAUCAUAUGUGUUUGACAAGGUCUGGAUGAGAGUGAAUUCCUUUAGUUUUCUAGAUAAUUAUUGUGUGUGUAGAAAUAAUGUGCAGUACUAUGUGUGCAUAGGACCAAAGUCGGGAGCUGUAGGAGGAGUACAUUUUUCUCCCUAGCUAAGAAUAGUGUGUUCCUGGGUGCCAUGUCAGUCUUUGUCUGUGUGGCUGGCAGGCACCAAUAGAGUAGAGCAGGUACAGAGAGGGCAGACUGGUUCUCUAAAGCUGAUAAUACCAUUCAGCCCUGCCACCCCUGGUAGUCUUCUCCCCUCUGACACGCACCCAAGAGGAACAAAGACAACCCCAAAGCCAGACGAGGUGCAUUAAUGCUAGUGCCCCAUUGCCGACACAAAUCUCAUCCACCCAAACCCUCCCCUCUUUUUCAUCUUUCUUUUCCCUGCUCAAUCCUCUCUCUUCUCCUCUCUCCUCCUGUUCUCUUCCCUCUCUUUCAGACUGCCCCAAAGGACCUGAUAUCCUGGUGGUUCUCAUGGCGGUGGCGGGGGCCAUCUUGUUUCUGGGUCUGGCUGGCCUGCUCAUCUGGAAGCUGCUGGUCACCGUCCACGACCGCCGAGAGUUCGCCAAGUUUGAGGAGGAGAGGGCUAAGGCCAAGUGGGACACAGUGAGUUCAAUUAUGCUUUUAAGACAAAGCUGCCAUUUGAUGGAGAAAAUAUGAAUGGCAAGAAUAUUUAUCCAUGUCAAUAUGACACGUGUCUGAUUAGAUAUUUGAUAUAUUGUCCUCUAUUUGUUUCCAUUUUCCAGGCUAACAACCCCUUGUACAAAGGAGCCACUACCACUUUCACCAAUGUGACCUAUCGUGGGAACUCUUGAGGGACCAAUCACAAUCAGCAAAACUCAGGGGUCUAUAAAAGAGAUGCAAUGUAGUGACACAGAGGGGGUUGGUGAGGCAGACCCUCUCCACUGUCAUGUGAUAAAGUGUGCUGACUCUACUGUCAAUUAAAUACAUUUGUUGAUAUUGUACUGUAAUGUUGCUAUUCUGUAUAUUAUAUAAAAACCAAAGCAUUAAAACUGCCUUAUCCAACAUUUUGAUGUCAGUCCAAAUGAUGGCAGGGCCUCCAGGACCCCUAUUUUACCCAGGAAGUGUGACAUCAUUCCCAUAAUAAGGCCUGGUACAGUUCAGAGACCCCAAACCUACCUUUGGAGAGAAAUGUGUUAUUUUUAUGCUCUGUUUUUGUUUCAAAUUUGAUAAGAAGAAAUGCGUGAAAUUGUCCUGCGCACACACCAUAGCACACUUGCUCACAGACCUCUUUGACAAACAACUUGGUUGUAGUAUGUUAUUAUGGAUCCCAGCUGCUUGCUACUACUGCCACUGUUUACUUGUGUUAUGACACUGAACUCAGAUAUUCUGACUGUAAAAAAAAAAAACUGUAAUAGCUUCAUGGGAUAUCAUGGGAUAUCAUGAGUGAAUGUUGUUUUAGUUAGUGGUGCUGGUGAACAAUGUAUGUUAAUGGCCACCAAUUAGCAGCUAUGGCUAUCUGCUCUAGCAUGUGUACAGUACAGUAUGCAUUUGUGCUUUGGUAUCAAACUUGGGAGUGAUGGACAUCAAUUAACUGUUUGUAGCCAAGUUUGCCAGUUGUUAGAAUGUGGCUACACAAACAGACGUUUAGCUUGGUCCCUUUUAUAAAUCACGUUUUUUAUCAAAUAAUGAAUUUCUGGGACAUUGGUUGUUCUGUCAUUUGCUUUAUUGCAUGAAAUAUGUUUAUGUUAAAUGUAAUAUGUUUUGGGUGGCCUUUGGUUAGUUGAUUGGUUUUACUAUGUUGAUUUUAAAAAUGUAGAUGUCACUCAUCAAUUUUUCUGUAUUUUUUGGCAAUUUUACUCUGCUAAGAAACAUUUUAGAAAAAA